AUGACCCUUCAGACUUCAAUUCUGACCUGCCUUUUUCUGCUAAUCUCCGGUUCCUGUGAGUCCCUUGCUGAAGCAAAUUAUUCUAGAAGCUAUCCUUGUGAUGAGAAAAGGCAAAAUGACUCUGUUAUUGCAGAGUGCAACAAUCGUCGAUUGCCAGAAGUUCCCCAAACAGUGGGCAAAUACGUGACAGAACUAGACCUGUCUGAUAAUUUCAUCACACUCAUAACGAAUGAAUCAUUUCAAGGGCUGCAAAAUCUCACUAAAAUCAAUCUAAACCACAACUCCGAUCUACAGCUCCUGAAUAAAUAUCCUGGUAUGGAUAAAAAAGGCAUGGUUAUUACAGACGGGGCAUUCCACAACCUAGAAAACCUCAGGGAGUUACUGCUUGAAGACAAUCAGUUAUACAGAAUACCUGCUGGUUUGCCAGCAUCUUUGAGAACACUUAGUCUAAUUCAAAACAAUAUAAUCUUUGUAACUAAGAAGAACACUUUGGGACUUUGGAAGUUGGAAAACCUCUAUUUGGGCUGGAACUGCUAUUUUGGCAACAUUUGUAAUAAAAAGUUUGACAUAGAGGAUGGAACAUUUGAAAGGCUCACAGAGCUGAAGGUGCUGUCUCUGUCUUUCAAUAUUCUUUCCCAUGUGCCACCAAAACUGCCAAACUCCCUACAAGAACUUUAUCUGAGCAACACUCAAAUCAGAAACAUCAGUCAAGAAGACUUGAAGGAACUGACAAAUUUAAGAGUACUGGAUUUAAGCGGGAACUGUCCCAGGUGUUUCAAUGCACCGUUUCCGUGCAAACCUUGUGAUGGAGAAGCUUCAAUUCAUAUAGAUCCUCUUGCUUUUCAAAACCUGACCAAACUUCGCUACUUAAACCUCUCGAGCACUUCCCUCCGAGAGAUUCCUGCAACCUGGUUUGAAACUAUGACUUCUCUGAAGGUGCUGGAUCUUGAAUUCAACUAUUUAGUUCAUGAAAUAGCCUCUGGGGCAUUUUUAACAAAACUGCCCCACUUAGAAAUGCUUGACUUAUCUUUUAACUAUAUAAGGACAGAAUAUCCACAACAUAUUAACCUUUCCAAGAACUUUGCUAACCUUUCGUCUCUCCAGGCAUUGCAUUUAAGAGGUUAUGUGUUCCAGGAACUUAGAAAAGAAGAUUUCCAGCCCCUCAUGGGGCUUCCAAAUUUAACAACUAUCAACUUAGGCAUUAACUUUAUUAAGCAAAUUGAUUUUACCCUUUUCAAACAUUUCCGCAACCUGAAAAUUACUUACUUGUCAGAAAACAGAAUAUCGCCCCUGGUAAAUGAUAUCAGGCAAAAUGAUACAAAUGGUUCCUCCUUCCGAAGCCAUAUCCUUAAACCACGUUCUACAGAUACUGAGUUUGACCCACAUUUGAAUUUUUAUCAUAACACCAAUCCAUUAAUAAAGCCACAAUGUAUCGCUUAUGGCAAAGCCUUAGAUUUAAGCUUGAACAGUAUUUUCUUUAUUGGGGAAAAGCAAUUUGAAGGUUUUCAUGACAUUGCCUGCUUAAAUCUGUCUUCCAAUGGCAAUGCUCAAGUGUUAAAUGGAACUGAUUUUUCAGCUGUGCCUCAUAUUAAGUAUUUGGAUUUGACAAACAAUAAACUAGACUUCGAUGGUGAAAAAGCUCUGAAUGAAUUGCCUGACUUAGAAGUUUUAGAUCUCAGCUAUAAUGCACACUAUUUCAGAGUAGCAGGGAUAACACAUCGUCUAGGAUUCAUUCAACAAUUAACACAGCUGAAAGUCUUAAACUUGAGCCAUAACAACAUUUAUACUUUAACAGACUAUGAACUAAAAAGCAUGUCCCUGGAAGAAUUAGUGUUCAGUGGAAACCGCCUUGACCGUUUGUGGAAGGCUGCAGAUAACAGGUACAUCACCAUUUUUAAAAAUCUCACAAAUCUGACACGACUUGAUUUAUCCUAUAACAGCCUUCGGCGUAUCCCAAAUGAAGCAUUCCUUAACUUGCCUCAGAGUCUCACUGAAUUAUACAUAAAUGAUAAUAAGUUAAAUUUCUUUAACUGGACAUUACUCCAGCAAUUUCCUUAUCUCCGCUUGCUUGACUUAAGUGGAAACAAACUGCCCUCUUUAACUAAUAGCCUAUCUAAAUUUACGUCUUCUCUUAAGACACUGCUGCUGAGACAAAACAGGAUCUCCUAUCUGCCCUCCGGCUUUUUUUCUGAAGCCAGUGGUCUGGUGCACCUCGAUUUAAGUUCCAACCUGCUAAAGAUGAUCAACAAAUCCACACUUCAAACUAAGACUGCCACCAAGUUAGCUAUUUUGGAACUAGGUGGAAACCCUUUUGACUGUACUUGUGACAUUGAAGAUUUUCGAAGGUGGAUGGAUGAAAAUCUAAAUGUUGCAAUUCCUAGGUUGGUAGAUGUUAUUUGUGCCAGUCCCGGGGAUCAGAAAGGGAAGAGUAUUGUGACUCUGGAGCUAACAACCUGUGUUUCUGAUACCAUUGCAGCGAUAUUAUUUUUCUUCACAUUUUUUAUCACCACGAUGGUUAUGUUGGCCGCCCUGGCUCGCCAUUUGUUUUACUGGGAUGUUUGGUUCAUCUAUCAGAUGUGUUUGGCUAAAGUGAAAGGCUACAGGUCUCUUUCCACAUCCCAAACUUUCUAUGACGCUUACAUUUCCUAUGAUACCAAAGAUGUCUCUGUUACUGACUGGGUGAUAAACGAGCUGCGCUUUCACCUUGAAGAAAGUGAAGAAAAAAAUGUUCUCCUUUGUUUAGAGGAGAGGGACUGGGACCCAGGAUUAGCCAUCAUUGAUAAUCUCAUGCAGAGCAUAAAUCAAAGCAAGAAAACAAUAUUUGUUUUAACCAAAAAAUAUGCAACCAACUGGAACUUUAAAACAGCUUUCUACUUGGCCUUGCAGAGGCUAAUGGAUGAGAACAUGGACGUUAUUAUAUUUAUUCUGCUGGAGCCAGUGUUACAGCAUUCUCAGUAUUUGAGACUGCGGCAGCGGAUCUGUAAGAGCUCCAUCCUUCAGUGGCCCGAUAACCCCAAGGCAGAAGGCUUGUUUUGGCAAAGUCUGAAAAAUGUGGUCUUAACUGAAAAUAAUUCACGGUAUAACCAUUUGUAUGUUGAUUCCAUUAAGCAAUACUAA